UUCGGCGAGGCGGACCCACUUGGUAGUGGUGGAAGCGACCAGGAUCACACCAUGCCCAGCACCGCCAGCAGCUCUCCGAGGCAGUCGCGUGCACAUAAGGACGUGGCAAAGAAGUGGAAGUGUCCCUACUGCGACAAAUCGUUUCGGAAGUCUAGGGUACUGAAAAAGCAUGUAACUCUACACACCCAUAAGAGGCGACAUCCGUGCGAUUUAUGUGAGAAGUCAUUCGGCCAAAAAUAUCACCUAGACAGGCACAGACUUCUACACACGGGCGAAAGACCCUAUCAGUGUGCCGAAUGUAGCAAGCCUUUUACAACUAAAUAUAAUCUAGAUGCACACUUUAGUAGGGCACAUCUCAGUGAGAAACCUCACCAGUGUCAAAUGUGCCAUCGUCGUUUUGCUGUAAAGUCUGACCUUGCUAUGCAUCUCAAGAGACUGACUCCAUGCGUUUUGCCUAGAGAAGUACCCUUGUCCAGCACAUCGAUGCCGGAGUGUGCGGCGUCGGCCGCUCAGCAGGACAUAUACUGGUGAGAAAAAGUACGAUCAACGUGAAAAAGGUUUUACCUGUUUUACUUAUGCAGGUGCUCUCACUAAACACGUUCAAACCCAACACUCUGAACGCCCCCAUACAAAGGUAUUUUUUUGUGGUUG